AUGAAUUUAGAUCAGACGAAUGAUGAGUCGUCCAAUACAUUCCUGUCCAAAGUUUGUCGCCCGAUCACUGUGAUACACCAAACUAUUAUUGAUAAGCUCUAUCCAUAUAGGAUAACUAGGUGGCUAUUCGCCUUCCUGUUAUUCGCUGUUUAUGUGCUCCGGAUAGCAUCUAUCCAGGGUUUCCAUAUAGUUAGUUAUACUCUAGCAAUUUAUUUGCUGAGUUUAUUUAUAUCAUUUAUAUCUCCAAAAGUCGAUCCCGCUGCCGCAGACUAUUUGGAUGAAAUCCCAACACUUCCACGAACUGUAGGUGAAGAGUUCAGACCUUUUAUUCCAAGAUUACUUGAAUCUAAAUUUUGGCUCUCUACUGUCCGUGCUGUUUUAAUCAGUAUAUUCUGCACAUUUCUCCCCUUCUUGGAUAUUCCAGUAUUUUGGCCGAUACUGGUUAUGUAUUUUAUAAUGUUGUUUGCUAUCAUGAUGAAAAAGCAAAUUAAGCAUAUGAUCAAAUACCGCUACGUUCCGUUUACUUACGGAAAACCGAGGCCUGUAGGAUCAAAUAAUAAGGAACAAGUAGCUCCUGUGAUUAAUUCAUAA